AUGAGGGAUCGGAAGGAUAAGGGACAGAAGGUAAAUGGGUCACAGGGGCACAAAUAGCGGGGAUGGGGACACAAAUGAUGGGGGGGACACAGAAGAGGGGGGUUUUGAGCAUGAGGGGCAGCGGUUGCAGAGGGGAUACAAAGGACAUGGGGGCACAAAAAAUGGGAUGUGACUGAUGGAGGACAUGAGGACAUAGGGAGAUAUAAGAUGGGGUGUGGGGGACACAAAUAAUGGACACAAAGGAGGGGGACAGGAAGGACACAGAGGGGACACAGGGACACCAAGGGUAGGGACCAGGGGGACAAAAAAGGACCGGGGACCUGAAGGACAUGCGAAUGAGAGCCUGGACACAAAAGGCAGUGCACAAAGUACAGAGGAAGCAGAGGAUGUAGGAAUGUGAGGGAGAGGGGUUGUAAAAGAUGCAGAGAUCACAGAAAUGUGGGGGACAGGGACACAGUGGGAUAAAGGGUGAAAGACUGGGAACAGAAAGGAUGGAGAACAGGAAAGAUACGGGACAGAGGAACUCAAGGGAUGGGGACAGGAAGGGCACAAAGGACAGGUUCCUGGGGCUUCACAGGAAUGCAAGGGUUUGAUCCCCCUGCAGCAGCUCCUGGAGCCCAGGGCCAUUGGGCAUCCCUUCAUCCUGUGCUCCUGAUCGCUCGCCGGAGGAGAACCAGCUGCUACUUCUAUCCCCGCGCCUGGCCCAGCCUGCGGGGCGCAGACUGGUGGGAACGGGUGGUCCUGAAGGAAUUCGGCCCCCAGGACUGGCUGGAGAAGUUCCGCAUGUCCCGGGAGACCUUCUUCUACAUCUGCAACCGCCUGCGGCCGGGGCUGGCCCCGCACAGCUCCCACUUCCACCCCACGCUGCCCCUGGAGAAGCGGGUGGCUGUGGCCCUGUGGCACUUGGCCACCAAUGUGGAGUACCAGACUCUCAGCCCGCUCUUCGGCGUCGGGCCUUCCACCGUGCAGACGUGCGUGCGAGAGGUGAGCUACGCCGUGGUCCUGCUGCUGAAACCCCUCUACCUCCGUCUGCCCGAUGAGAAGGAGCUGGAGAACAUGGUGCGCAUCUUCCGCACCCGCUGGGGCUUCCCGCACUGCAUCGGAGCCCUGGACAGCCUGCACAUCCCCAUCAACCCCCCGCUGCGCCUGAGCGCCGAUUACUGCAACGGGCAGGGCUGGCACUCCAUCCUCACCCAGGCCACCGUGGAUGGGCUGGGCCAGUUCUGGGACGUCUCCACCGCUUUUCCCGGCAGCAUGGAGAACAGCGCGGUGCUGGAGAGCUCCAGCCUCUGGGUGCUGGCCAAGGAGGGCCGGCUGUGCCCCAACCCGCCCAAGGACUUCAUGGGCAAGGCACAGAAGUACGUGCUGCUGGGUGACGCCACUUACCCCUUGCAGGACUGGAUCCUCAAGCCCUACCAGGAGGAUGAGAGCCUCACCCAGCGCCAGCUGCAGUUCAAUUAUCGCCUCAAGCGGGCGCACAGCGUGAUCGAGAACGCCUUCCUGCGCCUGAAGGCCCGCUGGCAGAUCCUCCUCAAGUGUGAUGACUGCAGCCUGGAGCUGCUGCCCACCCUCGUCCUGGCCUGCUGCAUUCUGCACAACGUCUGCGAGGCGCACGACAACCCAUUCAACGAGGAGUGGCUGGAGGGCACCGAGCCCACCGAGCUGCCCAAGCCUUGCCAGCCUGCACCCGCUGCCAUGGAGGACGGCCGGGCUGAGCAAGUGCGUGAACUGAUGUGUCAGUACUUUGAGAACUGUGGGGAGGGCUGACGGCUGCAGGGGGAACACGCCGUGCUCCUCCUUGGGCCCUGUGGGUCGGUGUCAGCCCUUCGGUUCAUGUUGGCUUUUGCCUCUCGGCUGCAGGCAGAGGGAUGUAUCUCACACCUGGGCUCUCUCUGCUGGGAUUUGAGCAAUGUAGUGAUGUGCUCUGUAUUGUGUGAAUAAAGCAGGGUCGUGGUUUGGCCGGGGAGAGGGUUGUCAGGUCAUCCCGUUGCAAGGGUAUGGCUGCAGCCCUGGUGUUGGCAGGACUCAGAAGGGCUGGAAGUGAGGAGGCAGAGCGCCAAAGCACAACACCCGUUGCGCAAACGCGUGCAGACGUGGGAGGGGAGGAGGAAGCAGAGCAGUGACUUGCUGUGGGCUGGCACCAGCUGGGAAUGGAACUGCACCUGCAAACCCAGCUCUGCAGGACUAAAAUGUUGUGCUGGGGGUCUGAGCCCUAUUCCACUGUGCUGCCGUGCAGGGAAGCACGCAGCUCUGCUGCUAUCGGCUGAGAAAUCACGCAGUGGUGGCUGAGCCCCGUGGCACACUGCUUCACUGUGCCAAGGCAGGGCUGGGCACAGACACCUUCCUCAGCACUUUGUUCCAGGCGGUGGGCGGGGGAGCAGCUCAGGCAUGCUUGGCUGCGCCAGCCUUCCCACGGGGAUGGAUCCGGGCUCGGGGGGCAGUGGGGUGGCUGCCACAUCCCCGAGUUGGCUGCAGCCCCAAAUCUUCUCCCUCCUGGCACCCGCCAUGCUGAGAUCUGCUCACCGGCUGUCAGCAUUGAGUGGGGUCUGUUUGCAGCCUGUCCCGUUUUCACACAUCGGUGCAUUUUGCAGCCAAAAUGUGAUGGUGCGUAGCCAGGAGGUGGGAC